AUGCCUUCGUCGAAUUCUCCCGGUCCCCAUGUCACCACUGUCCCUGCUACGGCUGAGGCGAAGCCUUCGGCCGCUGAGUCGAAGCCGCUAGAGGCUAAGGCGCCCGAGUCCAAGCCGGACGAUGAUAAUGUCCCUGAGCCGGUUGAGCCUGAGCAGCCUAAGGCUGAGGGGAAGUCGUUUAAGGAGGCGCUUGUUGAUGGGGAUCGACCUGGUCAUGAAUUGAAGGAUAACGGGGUCGAGGUCGGGGACUCGGAUUCGACGGAGCGGUCGAGCGAGACUUCGAGUGAUGACAAGGAUGAUAGCACGAAUACCUCGCGGUCGAACUCAAAUGCGAAUGCCAAUUCGAGCAAGGACACUGAGAAAGAGGAAGGCUCCAAGCCCAAGACCAAGAAAGAGACCAAAGAUCUCGGCAAGGAGGACAACAAGGAAGACUCCAAGGAGGAUAGCCGAGUGGACAAGCACCAAGUACAGAAAGAGGAUCAGGAUAAGGAGAAGGAUACGGAAUCCGACAUCCCCGUCACAUCGCCGCACUGCGCCGUAACAUCCAAGCGCCUCCCAGCAAAGAACACCGACGAGAAAGCCGGCGUUGCCCGGACAAACGUCGUGGAGGGCGACACCUCCGAGGGCUCCAUGAAGGAGUUCCACGAAUUCACACCCAUGCAACAACACGUCCUCUUCUGGGACCGCGACCGCGACGGCCAAAUCUACCCCUCCGACACCUACCGCGGCUUCCGCGACCUCGGCUUCAACAUCCUCUUCUCGCUCGCCGCCGUGCUAAUCAUAAACCUGAACUUCAGCUACCCCACGCGCCUGGCGCACUCGUUUCUCCCGGACCCCCGCUUCCGCGUGUACGUCGACUCGAUAUACAAGGCGAAGCAUGGGUCUGAUUCGGGGACGUUCGAUGCGGAGGGCCGUUUUGUCCCGCAGGCUUUCGAGGAUAUGUUUAGCAAGUAUGAUGGCGAUAAGGAUGGGGCGCUGACGUUUUCGGAGCUGUUUGGGAUGAUGCAUGGGAAUCGGUGUGCGGUGGAUCCGUUUGGGUGGGGAGCUGCGUUCUUUGAAUGGGCCACGACGUGGCUGCUUAUUCAGAAGGAUGGAAAGGUCUACAAGGACGAUUUGCUCGGCGUGUAUGAUGGUUCACUUUUCUGGAAGAUCGCCAAGGCGAGGAAGUCCGGCGAGGGCUGGUCCCAAGGGUUCGGACUAGGCGGUGAUAAUUUUCUGGGUGGUGUGAAGGUAUUCUAG